AUGGAUCCUCCAAUCAGCCCCCUUCCCACGGGCUCACCCUUCACUUCUACGCCUUUAACCGCCCCUUCUACGCCCUUACUCUCUCCUUCUACUACCGCAAAGUUGAGUAUAGCAACGUUGGACGCAAAGAUUCGUACGGCCAUAAACCAAUUCCUCUAUCCCAAAGAGAGGAGUCCUGAAGAAAAACAAGUGCUCCUUUGGUAUAUGGAUACCCGGCCGAUCUCUGCAAAUCCUGAGCCAAUCCUCUCCUCGGAGGAAAUCGAGGUGCGACUAAAACUGAUCAUCGAUAUUCGGAAAAUUUAUGACGACUCAGCCUGCAAGCUUCAACGUAGCGACGAAGGGCGCUUCCAGCUUACGGCUUUACAGUUGGUGUAUCUUCUAUUGAUAUCGGUGGAUCACCUGCGUGACAUCAGAGAAGCACCGAUGGUUCUUUACCUGCCUUAUUAUAAACUGGGGGCUUAUGUUUGCCUUAUGACUCGACAUAUAAUGCCAAAUGACAUCUUUGUCAAUGGAGGCACCCUAUCUCCAACUCCCAAUAAUAAAUUUACCUUGCUUGCUACCGGCACGAUGAACAUUGGCCAAAAUGCAAUCGAACGAGCCAAGUGUGCCGCUCGAGAUGGCGGAGCCUGUAUCCUCACUGGAGCGGCUUUCCCCGACGUUUGCCAUAUUGUGCCAUUCGAAAUCAACGCAAGCAAGGCGAGCCUUGCCCAUUAUCGCAAUCAUUUAUUCCACUUAACUUGUCUUAUGGGGAAGGAGGCUCGUCCUCAGGUGACGGGGCUUCUUGAUUCGGGGGUUGGUUGCUCUGAUAAAGCCUGGAAUAUGCUUUGCCUCCAUCCGACUCUUCGGGAUUGGUGGAGCAAAUGUUUCUUUGGUCUUAAAUGCACUGGCAUCUGUCCUACUUCAUCCGCUGGGCUUGAUGCUAAGCGUAAAUAUACCGGUAGUUACCUCGUUAAGUUGCAAUUCCAUUGGAUGCCAAGGAACAAUGGCGUCCAUCCACGAGAUUAUGCUCAGCCAGACCAUGAUACAAUCGAGAAAAUGCUCAAGAUUAAGGAGCGAGACAACGAUAUCAUCACUCGAGUGCAAAAACACAGCUCCUGCCGUCUCCAGUCUGGGCAAAUUUUCACCCUCAGCAUGUCGCGUGAAGACGCAACUAAGAUGCGGCAGAUGAUUGAUAUACAAUGGGCCAACGUACGGCUUGCGGCAAUGUCGGGCUUGACGACAAAUGUGAAGGUUCUGUACAUGCAUGCAGCCCAUGCAAAUGGUAACGGAUACGUGAAGAGGGGAGCGGUAGUUGGAGAUAUGAGAAGAGAGUAA